UGUAAAAUCUUCCAAAUUAAUUAGGCUGAAUAUAACUAGAAUCAGGAGGCUUGGGUUUCUUUCUUUUCUUUCUUCUUGAGGACUUUUGUUUCUUUCACCAAUUUAACCAUAUUAACCAGCGGAAUGAAGGAGUAUAGGCUUAUGAGAGAAUCUUAAACAAAUUAAUUCCCUGCUGUCCCUGAAGGCAUCAUGGGCUCACCCAUAAACACUUUCGGUGGCAGUGAUUGGUCAAAGUUAAGUCGUGUCACCGUGUUACGUCUACAUACUCUCUCGUACAACUUGACAACUCAUAACAUUGCGCGCACCGUGGCGAGCUUUACCUGGCUGAACUCUGUCCGCGUGGAGUCUCACCUGCUUUUUUUUUUUUUUUUUUUUUUUUUUUUUUCUCUUUUUUUUCUAUUUUUCUAGGGGAGACCUGGAGGCGAUAUGGCCUUUCAGGAGACUUUUAAGGACUUAGGAUGCAGUUCGUCCGAGGAGGACAGUAGCCGACCAGACUUGCCGGAGCCAGAGAGGCCGGUUAAGGAGAAGACAUCUUCGGAGGUGCGCCGGCAUCACCCGUUCAGCGUCGAGGCGCUCAUGUCCGGGAGGAAGACGGACACCAGAGAGUCCACCGGCUGCAAACCAAGGGGAAGUUCAGUAGUGGUUUCACCCUCAGGUGUAAAUUCUUUAUAUCUGUGCCGGGAGACGCGCAGUCCUCCAGGGAAGAGUUUUACAGCAGCGCCGUCGUCGCCGGUAAAAUCUGAGACCUCGGAGUCAGAGGACUGCGCACUCUGGACUACAGCCAGCGCCUUUUCCUCACAACCUAGUCAUGUCAGUCCUGCCUGUCAGCUGAGGAAACACAAGACCAACCGAAAGCCUCGCACCCCCUUCACCACGUCUCAGCUCCUGGCUCUGGAGCGGAAGUUUAGACAGAAGCAGUACCUCUCCAUCGCAGAACGUGCUGAGUUCUCCUCCUCCCUGACUCUGACAGAGACCCAGGUGAAGAUCUGGUUCCAGAAUCGCCGGGCAAAAGCUAAGAGGCUCCAGGAGGCCGAGAUGGAGAAACUCAAGAUGGCAGCUGACGCCAAGACAGCAGCAGUGGCGGCCACAGCUGCUGGAGCGUUACACUCUGGCUUUACGUUACCACUGUCAAUGGGCACCAUAUCUGUGUAUGGACAGUCGUACUCUGCCUACCACCACCACAGACCCAUACUGCCUAUAUCCCCCUUAGGACUAUACGCUUCUCCUUUGGGCUACAGCAUGUACCACUUAUCUUAAAAAUGAAAAUAUUUUAAUAUGGUUCAAAGCAUUUCUAAAUAAAUGGACGUUCAGGAUGUGAGUUUGACAUUUUUGAAAACCUAUGUGUAUAAUAUAUGUCUUCUGCACAAGAAGUGCAAUGUUUGGAGCACUUCAAAUCAAAUUAAAUAUCUAUUUUGUUUCCCACAGCGAGGAUAAAAACAACUUCCUCCUAUACCCCAUCGGACUGCCUGUUUACAUGACUUGCCUGUAUGAGGAGGGGUGUUACUGUCCAGCUGUUUAUACUCUUCACUUGUUUACAUCUGUAAUAAUUGAGCAGGGCGUGGACUUAGACCGAACACCAAAACACAGACUACAACUGUUCUGUUAAGCCUUGCCACUCAUUAGAAACAGCCUUUUAUCAAAAGGCCUUGAUAGCAGGACGCUUGUGUGGAUGAAUGGAUUUUUUCAACUACUCAGGCCAGAUAAAACAUAUCACUGAAGUGUUCUUUUCAUUUCCAAAAGUGAUUGCCUUUAAAUAAAUAAAAAAAGUUUCAGGUUUGUACUCAAGAUACCCAAUGUUUAACUAAUUAUUCAUGAAAGAAAAAAAAAAAAUCUUUACAUCCCUAUAGUCAAAACUUUGUUAAUGUUUUAUCUCUUGUAGCAAUAAUGGAUUUUCCUAAUUUCUUCAUGACACAUUUAUAGCACAUAGAUAUAUUUAUUCCUAAUGAAAUACAAUGCUGGAAAUGUAAGAAUACCUUACUGUAUGUUGUGUAUUUAUGAUAAGAAUAUGGUACCAAAUCGCUGACCAAAAUGUAUAUUUAUAUUGUUUCUCUUCUUGCACAUCCCUUUGAAAGGGGCUACAUUGUGCUAUGCAGUUUAUAUUGUUUUAUCUGUUUUAUUAUCUGAAAUUAAAGCUGUUCAGAUUGU